CACAUGGCCGCGCCGCCGGCAGCUCGACGCCCCGGCCUGGCUCCGGCUCCGGCUCCGCGAGCGGCAGCAGGCGGCGGCCCGAGGCAGCGGUCCGCGCUCCCCAGACGCAUAGGGCGAGCCCUGCCUAGUGCAUGGCCGGCCGCACGCGACCGCCUCCCCGGAGGGACCACGCGCCCAGAGAGGAGACGGCGUGGGGCGGCAGGGAGCGAAGAAAAUCCCGAGGGACGAGAGUCGCGUCCCCGGGGGCCUCGCCGCCCAGUCAGGAACCGGGCCGGGGUCGCCGCCCGCACGAGUUUCCUGGUCCCGACCGGCGUGGAGCGAGGAAGCCCCCGCCCCCGGCGCGCUCGCGGGGCCGGCUCAGAGGGCGCACCUGUCUGCCCCGCUCCCCGAGGCCCGCUCGCCUGGCGACUCCACAGAGGCGGCCUUAACGGCUUAAGCAGGAAAAUAGAACUGAUCGGCGAAAGCGUGUGGAACCGACCAAGGCGGUCUACAGAUCCCCCCCGCGGGCUGCUGGUUUCCUUUCAGAAAUCAGAACAGGUCACACACUGGGCCAAGAUGAUGCCGUUGCCAACGAUUUGUUUUGUUCACCCUGUCCCUAGUUGCGCAUCCUCAACAGGGAGCAUUGGCACUGUUAACCAAAGUUCGUGAGGGUUGUUUAUUUUUUUCCCCUUUAAAAAAAAGUCACCUUUGGGGCGGCCAGCGCGCAGCCAGGGACACUGCCAUCCCCACAUCCCAGCGCCAGUUCCAGUUCCGGCUGCUCCACUUCCGAUCCAGCUCCCACUCGUGCACCUGGGAAAGCAGAGGGUGAUGGUACAAGUACUUGGGCCCCCUGCGCGCACCCACGUGGGACACCCGGGUGGAGCUCCAGGCUCCUGGUUUUGGCCUGGCCCAGCCCUGGCUGUUGUGGCCAUUCGGGAAGUGAACCAGCGGUUGGAAGUUAUUUUUUAUGAUUUUUUAAUUUUUUUUUUUUUUGCUUUCUGUCCCUCCCUCUCUGUCAUUGUGCCUAUCAAAUAAAGAGCUGUUUUUUAAAGUCACCCUGUGAAAAAAAAAUUUAAAAAUCACCUUGCACUUGCUUGUUAAGACACUUCCUGUUCAGGCAGUGCAGAAAAAUAAUAUCUUAACUUCCUACUGUUAGUAAAAUGGCGCGAUCUACCCCCUUCCCUCCAGUCUGUCGGGAUUCCUCCAAUAAACUCUUUCGCUUACUCCAGUGUUUGCUGUGUUUCUAUGGUGGCCUUACACCUACCCUCCGAAGUUGAAUGGUAGGGAAUUGGCAAAAUCGAGUCCUGCUCCAGAUCCCAGAAUUUACCCAGCACGCUUCUGGGAAACCAGAAUUUUAUUUUACUAGAACACAACAGCAUCUGCUGCCCUAUUUAAAGUCAUGGUUAAUCAUAAAACCUACUCCAGUGUUGAGGGACUGCUGGGGGGAGAGAGAAGAAAGGUGAUUGCUGUAGGUUUCGACAUGUAACCAAAUAAACUCUAAAAUUGGGGUUAGGCAGGCCAGAUGGCAAGAGUCCAACAAAAAUCACAGAAACACUUUUCUCAGUAUUUUCCAUGGAAGCAAUUAGUCUUUUUUAUU